UUACUGAGUCUGGAAACGUAUCCAUUUGAUGAGAUCCAUACUUUCUCCUAAGAAAUGAUGUGCUAACGUACUAGCUAUUUGUAACUCGGAGUCCCCGCCCAGCAUGAGCAUCUGGGGCCAACUUUCAGGCAGAUCCUUAGACAGCUGCAGCGGCGGAGGUCCCCAGUUCGCAGAGGGAGACGUGGAGCUGGGCGGGGCGGGGCAGCGUUCUGCAGAGCUGCGGAAGUGGGGCUUCCUGGCGGGGUUGGCGUGGCGUGUCGGUGCCGACCUGCUCUACCAUGUCGAAAGUGUCCUUUAAGAUCACGCUGACGUCGGACCCGCGGCUGCCAUACAAAGUACUCAGUGUUCCUGAAAGUACUCCUUUCACAGCAGUGUUAAAGUUUGCAGCAGAAGAAUUUAAAGUUCCUGCAGCAACAAGUGCAAUUAUUACCAAUGAUGGUAUAGGAAUAAAUCCUGCACAGACUGCUGGAAAUGUUUUUCUAAAGCAUGGUUCAGAACUCCGAAUUAUUCCUAGAGAUCGUGUUGGAAGUUGUUAAUGUCUGCCACUGGAUCCAUACCUGUCACAAUAAAUAUUGAUAUGUUGUGUUGUUGUAAAAUUGAAAUCAGGCAUUUAACAUACUGUGAAAAUACCAAGAGUCCAUGAAAAAUAAUGAAAAGUGGUUUUUCUCUCCCUUGUUUACAUGUUGAUGUGAAGAGGGAAUGCUUAGGAAUUGAGGUUAUGACUACUAUAGAAGGUCAGUCUGAUUGUUGCCUCAAAGCACAAGCAGGUAGUUCAUUUGAAGUAAAUGGAUUAUCAAACUGGAACUGGAGGAUUCUUCUGAUAAUUUUUUCUGAGAACAUUUGGAAAAUUAAAUUUCGCUGAUCUUAAUGUUUGUGUUUGAGUUAAAAAUAUAAAAGGAUUAUGGAUUAUAAAUGGCAGUUUGUUCCAUAGCAUCUGGUUUGCAGACUCAAAUAAUCUGAAUCUUAAACGAUUUGUAGUUCAUGAUGAAGGUGAUAGACAUCAGUGGAUAAGUUAACUGUCUUAACGUCUUAUUUAGGUUGUUUUUAAGUUUCAAAACUUCACCUGUCAUAUAAAUUUCAAUUUGAUAUCAAAGAACUGAAAAAAAUCUUUUAACACUUACGUUUGUUGAUGUUCCACACCAAAUAGUCUUAUUAUCCGCCUUUUGCAGGGAUGGGAAUCAACAGUAUAGAAGCUUCCUUUGCUGUGUUAUGCAUUCCUUUAUCAAUCUCUUUUAAUACAGUUUCAAAUAAAACUUAUUGAGGAUAGUGUUUCUAAAUAGCAUUCAGGACUAAUGUUGCCCAAAAAUCUGAAAUCUACAACAAUGUUAAAGGAAAUGCUAAUGAGUUACACUUAACCUAAGGCCUAACAAAGAAAACACUAAAAUUAGUCACCCAACAGAAUAAAGAGCCAGGAAAGGGAGAGUGGGGAAGCCCUCAGGCAAGGAGGAAAACAGCAAAGAUCAAUAGUGCAGGGGAACAGCAAGCUGUCAGAAACGGCCAGUUGAGUAGAACAAACUCCAGGAGGUAUGUAGGGAAGAUCUGAAAGGGGAUAGUUACCUGACAAAGACACACACACAGAAGGCCAUUAGAGAAAGCAGAGAAAGUGUGGGCCUUGUCAAUGUACAGAUUACAACAUGUCCCUUAGGGCAAUCCAAAGAAUGAUUGUAUUUGUCCUUCCAGAGCGAUUCAGAAUCUGCAGAUCUUGAAAGAUGGAGGCUCCUAGUGAUUCAGAAUCUGCUGUAUUCUAAAUGGUGAACUUGCUGGGGAAGCAUGUUCUUUGGAACUGGAAAUAUAGUAGGCUUCUAAUAAAUACUUGCUGAGUAAUCCAUAAAUUAAGAUCUAUUUUUAUCUUAGUAGGUCUCAUUAGUUUCCUUUUCUCAGGCCCUUGGUUCUUUGAAAAAAACUAAAAUGCAACAGAAUCUUAUGAAUAGUGAUAUGGAUGGUUAAGAUUAAAACCUUACCAAGUCUUGUUUGUAAACUCAACUGAACAGUAGGAUUCUGAGUUACCAAAGGGAACUUUGCUGAGGUAUACUACCAGUGUUAAAGGGAGUUUUUAGAAAAUCUGAUGCUCAAAGGUCCUUGUUUCUUAUAAGUCAAGCAUCAGUUAACCACAAAUUUGUGAAUACCCUUUCCCUGAAACUUUUAGUUUGAGUAUUUUCCAAUAUAUUUGUAGUGAAAAAUCUACUUGUAAUAUUACAUUAAAUAAAUAUAUAAUGUCCUGUGCCAUAAAAUCAUUUAGUUAAUAUUUUUGUUAUUUGGCUUUGAAAAUAUGUGGUAAGCCAUUAAAAGACAUUUUAUUAAACAACUCAGUAUUUUGUUAUUAAAUACAUAUGAUCUGUAAAUUCUUUGUGUAGAAAUUUUGAAGUAUUCAGUUUAAAUGCAUUAUUGGUCUAUACUUAAUAUAAAAUAUGUUUUGUUAUAAACCAUCUUGUCUACUCUUAUUUUAUUAUUAGAGUUCUUAAAUAGCAAAUUUUUUGAGCCAGUGUAUAAGAAAUGCGGUUAAAAGGGGAGGGGAAAUCAGAAAGCUUAGAAAAAGAAGGGAUUGUAGUAAUUGACAGAGCUGGUGGGUCUCCAUCCUAUGUGAUUGUCAGUCACUACAGUGUAAAAAAUAUGGAUUCUGGAAAUUGCCCCUUCCUAUUCGGGGUCAUCAAGUGUGGAAUGAUGGAUAAGGACAUCUAUGAAGUGCAGUUCUAGUGAUUUCAGCCCUGCAGGCAGUUUGAGAAUUAAAAAGGCCCAAUGUUUUUCUGUUUGUAAAAGAAUAGAAUGAGGUCUAAGAGAUUAAAGUAAGUAAAGCAAGUUCUAGAAUGUUGAACAGUAACUGAUUUUCUACUCUGGUACAAUGGGAACUUGACUAAAUGUAGUGAUGAAAAGCCACCUUUUAUAUUUUGAGUCAGUUGUUAGGUGUUUUAUUUCUUAGAAUUACCUAUUCAAAAGAAGCCUGUGGGAGGAAAAUUCUGGCCUAUUUAAUCUUCUGUACCUCUAAAUUAAGAUAUUAAAACUGUCUCCCAAUUUUUUUUUAACCCAGGAAUCUUGAACUUGUAAGUUAGAAGCAUUGAUAGAAGUUAACUGAUACUUUUGUUUCAAGGCUAUUUAUUUGUAAAACAUCUUUGUGUCAAAUGUUUUGAUAAUUCCACCCAUCUCAUUCUUUACACCAAUGCCAAGUACCUCCAUUUUAUAGAAGAGGCUUAAAGAGUUUAAAAUUUGAAAUGUGAACUUGUUCCUAGACUUUGGAACUCUGAACAUCAUACUGGGAGAGUUUUUCAGUAUCUGUUUUCUGCAAUAUACUAGAUAGAUCUGUAAUGAAUUAAAAAUUUAAAAAUAAAAGUCUUAGUAUGUGUA